AUAUGGAAUCCAUCUGGAUAUUCCAUGGUUCUAGAGUGACAUCACUUACAACAUGUUCAUAUAGAAAUUGGAAUUCAGAUCCAGUCAGUGACAGAAUUUGUGAGGAUACAGUUGCAUUUUUUUCGAUACUCAAAUGUAUUUGCGAGACAUUAAAGGCCUUCCUUCUAAGAUGAGGAUGAACAGCAAUCAAGACCGUAAUUUUUUACAGCCAUCAGAGAGCCACAGAAGAAACAGUGACUCCAGCAGUCAGUCCAGGAUCCUGGAAAUUGAGAGAGCUGAAAGGGCUGAGUUUUUUGCAGGGCUUCAACGUGCAGAGAGACUGUAUUUUGCACAAAAAUCCUUAAUUGAUGCGGCUAUGAAGAGAAUGGGAAUCCCCAUCCAGCAGGACACCCUCCCCUCACCUCAGUCUCCAGCUUCUCCCACAAAAAGACCUGAAUCCACUCUGCGAGGGAGAAGAACCACGGCCAUUUUAAAGGAUGACAAAAGGGUUCGGACGUCCAGGGCCAACCGGACGUUGGUAGAAGAGGAGCCUUUCUAUGAGAAGAAGCUGCGUCUGGGCAGGAAGAUGGCUGGGGGGACAGCUGCAAACAGGAGCCCAAGUACAGACUCUUCCCUCAGCUCUGUGGACAUGCACACUCCCACUGAGCUGUGGGCCAUUUCACACACCAGACUGUUUACCCCUACUCCUUCUCCUCCUCCUCCUUCCCCUCCUCCCAGAACAACCAGGAGACGGUCUCGUCUCCCAGUGAUUGCUAUGAAUUUUGGUAGAGCAGGUAUGUUAAUACUGUUGAGUGAUGACUUUCUUUAUGGGAACUUGAAUGGAAAUAGGUGAACAUUGUGAUAACAGAAAAAUGGAAAUUUGAGUAAUCAUGAAUAUUUAUCUGAACAGUCAAGGAGGUGGCUGAUGGAUGCAAGCUCCAGUCAUCACAGACGACGCUAGAGGGACUUAUAGAGACACUAGAGAAAUCUGAGUUUCGCCACCAUCCUUCACCUGGACCACCAGCAGCCCCCAGUAGGAUCCCAACGAUGGCACCCAAGUUUCCAGAUCGUCCAACAAAAGCUGUCCCACCCAACAGCAAAAGACCUCACAGUGGGACCCCGGCGGUGACGCCCAAAGUUCCAGCACCACCUUCAGAAGCUGCCCCGCCCAAUAGAAAAGGACCUCGUCGUGGGUUCUUGGUGGUGGCACCAAGGUUCCAGCACCUCCAUCAGAAGCUGCCCCGUCCAACA